AUGUCAAAGCUCAGAAACUUAUCACUAUCACCUCUUCGUCCUUCAUCAAGAUCAUCCAACUCUCAAAUACAAUCAUCAUCUUCUUCAAAUCAAUCUUCAAACUUUUCAUCCACAUCUUUGCAUCAAGUAUGGGUACAGAAAAAAUUGGAUGUUAAACUUAGAGUCGAUCAUCCAGAAUUGGGUAAAUCUGGUCAGGUGAUUCGAGUUAAACCAGGUCAUAUGAGACAAAGACUUUAUCCAUCAGGUCAAGCACUUUAUUGUGCAAAAGAUGGGAUUCCAUUUCAUCAUUUAAAUCCAAUUCAUUCAAUCAAAUCACCACCUAUUGCACCUUCACCUGGUCUAUCUAGACCUAUCAUCGAAUCCAUCAAACGAUUAGGAAUCAAGAUAAAUUUAAAUAAACAAGAAAUCAAACAAACUGAAGAACUUCGAGAACUUUGGAUCCGUGAACAUAAUUUAAACUCCCCUGAACUUUCAAAUCAGAUUGAACCUAUCACGAAUCUUAAUAAAUCGUCUUUAAAAACUAUUGUGAAUCCGAUUCCAAAAGGAUUAAAAGAAAAUUUAAGAAGCUUGAUGAAUUCAUUUGAUGAUUUAAAACCCUUGAUCGUCUUUAAAAGAACAGGACCUAAUCAUUCAGAAAGUUUAUAUGCAUCAAUCAAACCGGAAGAAAUCAUUGAAGAAUUAAGUUUAAAACUUAAUGAUCGAUUCGAUCUAUCUGAUUUAAAAGAAUGGAUUAAGAUUAAAGAAAUUUAUGCGAUUCAAAAAGAUGGAAAAGAAAGGAUUAAAGGAAAAUCGAAUGGGAUUAAAAGUUUAGGUGAUCAUUUGAUUAGAUGA